ACACAAUGGACUUCAUGGACCUCGAGUGAAAGAUCGAUCAGUGGCUAGACAUAUGCCAGUCUAGGUCUCCGCCCAGUCUAGGAUUGGCUUCACUCUAUUCCGUUUGGCUUUCAGGAAUCAGAACAUCUGAAUUCAAACUUAACUUUGCUUUCGCUUUUACCACCAUCAUGACCGUGUUUGAUCAAGAGAAGAAAGUGCUUGUGCUUGACGGCGGAUUCGGCACAACGCUUGAAGAUGUAUUUCACAAGGAUAUUUCUACCCCCUUGUGGUCUGCAAAGCCUAUAGACGAAGACCCAGGGCUUAUUAUAAACACACACCUUGCUUUCUUGCGCGCCGGGGCAGACAUAAUUCUCACUUCAACAUACCAAUGUGCGUUCAGCACGUUUGAGAAAGCAGGAUAUAGUCGGGAGGAUGCCGUACGACUCAUGCGCAAAUCCGUUCAACUCGCGGUGGCGGCGAAGGCUCUAUAUUUGGCAGAUCGCAAGGAUGUCCUACCCCAUCAAGUGAAGAUCGCGCUCUCGCUGGGACCGUUCGGGGCAACUCUUUCACCAGCGCAGGAGUUUGGCGGGUACUAUCCCCCACCAUACGGACCAGGGGGAUCCAAAGAUAAAGGUACCAACGCGUUGAACGAUGAUGUGGAAGAGGAGAGAGCGAUUGAAGCACUCAAGGAGUUUCACUUGGAGCGACUGCGGGUUUUCAAAGAGGAUGAGGAGGCGUGGAACGCAAUCGACUUCAUAGCAUUCGAGACGGUGCCAUUAACGAGAGAGAUUAGGGCCAUUCGGAGGGCCGUUGCAACACUACAGUCGGAAGAUCCUAUGUGGUCGAAGCCGUAUUGGAUCAGUGCAGUCUUCCCAGAAGGUCGUUUUCCGGAGAAGGAUGAUACAGGCCAGCACGUGGAGAUCGCGAAGGUCGUGAAAGCCUUGUUAGAGCAUGACAAAGACCAGAUAGCAGCAUAUCCAGAUGGUAUUGGUAUCAACUGCACUUCUGUGGAGUUCUUGUUCCCACUCGUGCAAGGAAUCUCGAAAGAGAUUAUCCAGCCGACACGCGAACAAGUCGAAAGAAGACCAUGGUUAGUCCUGUACCCCAACGGAGGUGAUGUGUAUGAGCCGACAACGAAGAGCUGGAUCCCACAACGGAAUGAAAAGUCCUGGUCAGAUAGCUUCGGUGGGGUGGUUCACGAGGUGGUGGAUGCGGAGAUAUGGCCAGGAAUAAUCGUGGGGGGUUGUUGUAAGACUAGGCCGCACGACAUCUAUGAGUUGAGCAAGAUAGUGAAGCAUAGCAUUUGCAAGCCAUAACAGUAGACUUUAUACACCUUUUUUUC